GGUGUAUAAAUACAGUUUCGAAACGCCGGUUUCCAUCAUUCGAAUACAAGACGUCGAAAGUGAAACUUCGUGUUCAUCAUAAUCUAAAGUUCAUAGUUCGUGUAUUAUACGAAAUCAAGUGUUUUUAAGUGUUUUACUGCGGUGAAAAGUAAAAAGUUUAAAAUGUCGAUUGCACCAUUAGUAUUUUCCGACUGGUGGGACCAUCUUGAGCGUCCUCACUCUCUCUUGGAUCAGGAUUUCGGACUUGGAUUCAAUCCCCAGGAGUUAAUGGUUCCGGCUUUGUAUGGUAAUCGUUGGGGAUAUGAUAGACGACCAAUGGUGAAUUAUCAUCAACGACCAUGGGCACGCAAUCAAGGAACUUCUGUCGUCAAAGCUGACAAGGACCAGUUCCAUGUCAACCUGGACGUUCAACAGUUCAAACCCGAAGAGAUUUCUGUCAAGGUCGUGGAUAAAUUCGUAGUCGUCCAGGGAAAACAUGAAGAAAAACAGGACGAACAUGGUUUUAUAUCACGACAUUUUACACGAAAAUAUCUCAUCCCAGAGCAAUGUAACAUUGAUCAAGUGAAAUCCUGUCUCUCUUCGGAUGGAGUUCUUUCGGUUACAGUGCCCAGGAAGAAUACUGAGACUGAUUCAAACGAAAAAGUCAUCCAAAUUGAGCAUACAGGAAAACCUGCAAUUGCUUCCAAAGAACAUGUAAAACCAAAGGAAGCCGAGGCGAUGAAGACUGAGAAGAAAGUGUCUAAAUAAGUUUUUUUCAGUUCACUUUUCAAAAAGUUCCUUUUUUCUUUGUUUCUAAAAUUUAUUUUUUAUAACUAAGACAUUUUUUCUACCUCUACGAUAUUUUCAUUCUUCAUAAGUGUCAUUUGUUUCUUCCAUAAUUGACAUUCCUAAGAUUAAUGACGAUUAUAAUAAGUGAGUUAAUUAUAGAUAUCUUAAAGAUUAGGUUUAAGAUCAAGUUGAUUAUAAAUAUCUCAAAGAUAAUUAAAUAAACUUGAAUUAUUUAUAAACAGAAA